GCCUAAGCUGAAUACUGGGCCUGGCUGAUGAAUACUGCUACGCUCAUCUAGGCUAGGCUUAAGCCUAAAGAAAUUUUAUCAUAAGAUCUCAUAAAAUUGAUAAAUAGGGUACUUCCUGACCAAAACAUAAGGUAUUACAUUUCCUGUCUUUUAACUCAUGAUAGACAUCUUGAAGACGUAGACUUCAAACAAAAUGAAGAAGAAAAAGAAUCGUGUACCUGUUACUGCCAGCCAACACCAGCUGAAAAAGAUAAAGAAAGACUGUAAGCUGAUUUCAAGAUAUCAUGUUUUAAAUAAAGAACUAGAGAGAUUAAAAUCAGUGGACACCAAACAGCCUAACAAAAAUCAGAAGAUGAAACUGAUCGCACAAGAACUAGAACAGGUGGGAGGUAUAGAUACAUACCAAGCAACAUCAAGCUUAGGUGAAUUUAAAAAUGGAAGAACAAAUUCAGCAAAAUGGGUUGUGGCACAGUUGAAAGAGCAUCGUAUAAAGUCAACAACCUCUGCGAAACUGAGAUUACUAGAUGUGGGUGCUUUGCAUCUGAACUAUGCGAAACAGAAGUGGAUUGAUAGUACUGCAAUUGAUAUUAAUCCUACUCAACCUGGGAUCCUCAAAGCUGACUUUUUUGAUCUUAAAGUGAAGCCAAGUGAUGCUUAUGAUGUCAUUGUUCUAAGUCUUGUUCUAAAUUUUGUUGGCUCACCGCAUCGUCGAGGGGAAAUGCUUCAGAAAUGUCAUCGAUUUUGUAAAAAAAUGGGAUAUUUAGUUAUUGUUUUACCGUUGGCCUGUGUGACCAAUUCACGUUACCUAACACAUGAUCACUUGGUGGAUAUAAUGGAUAGCCUUGGAUUUACGCUGAUAUCAUCUCACAACAGCCGCAAACUCAGCUAUAAGAUGUUUCAGCUAACAGAGGAAUCAAUGCAAAAAACAUUCAAGAAACAGAUAGUGAAUAAGGGAACAAAAUGCAAUAAUUUUUCAAUAGUGAUUAGGUAGCAAAAGUGUAUAAUUGUCAGCAAAGGUUAUAAAUCUCUUUAAUUGGUUGGGUGGGGAGCUAAAAUGAGUGAUUACUGUGAAUUCGCCACAUUAUGGAUAAGACAGUUGUCUUUUUAUUAAUGACUUGCUACUGUAUCAUAGCUAGCUAAAGAUGGUUUGCUUCAAUAAAAGUUAUGCAUGAAUAUA